AUGCUGACAACUGCCAGGUCGAACCCAAGGAGACGCAUCACAGGGCCUCGGUCUGCUCUGACCGAUUUCCUUGCUGCACACAACAUCUCGGCGGCUGAUAUUCGCGAAACCCACAGCCAGCGAGUCAGUCAGGCCCAGCGUCAGAACGAAGCUGUCCAGGCAGAGCAAGACCGGGCAGCAAGGGAGGCAGCUGAAGCGGCAGCGGCAGCAGAAGAAGAAGCUGGAGAAGAAGACGAUGAAGAAAUAGAAGAAGAGAUACAGCAGGCAAACGCUAGAAAGCGUAAACGCUCAGCAGCAGCAGCAACAGCAGCAGCCAAAGCAAAAGCGAAGGCAAAAGCGAAAAUGAAGGGAGCAAACGUCUCUGAUGAUGAUGCCUACGAAGACGCGUUUAAUCAGGCGCGUCUGCCUGUUCCUGGUCAAUUGGCCAAUUGUGAGCUAUGUGAUAAGCGGUUCACCGUGACGGCUUAUAGUAAAACAGGGCCCGAUGGUGGCCUGCUAUGCACGCCGUGUGGGAAGCAGAUGGCUGCCGAUGAGAAGAAGGCUAAACCGAAACCAAAAAGACAAGGGAAGAAGACGAAGAGGCAGAAUUAUAGUAAUCUGCUGGAUGGGAUCGCGCAGCGGGGGGCAUUCAGUCUGAUGGAGAUGUGUAUCAAGCAAGUGGCGAACAACAUCAACGAUGUGGAGGAGUUUGGGGACUUGCCUGCAGAGCUGCUACUUCGACUCAGCCAAAUACUGAGCAAGAGACGCGUGCUUACGCCGAGGACCCUUAGGCUAUUCUUACGCAGCGAUGUCAACACCAUUGAUAUCUUUGACGCUGCCAAACUCGAGGAAGAAGACUUCCACAAGGUUUUUGCCAUGAUGCCGUUUCUGGAACGAGUCAACCUCCGCUGUGCGGGACAGCUCAAGGACCCCGUACUAGAAUACGUGACGGGACGAGAGAGCCAGAUCAAGCAUCUAACCCUGGACGCGAGCAACCUGGUGACAGAGGACUGCUGGCGACGGUUUUUCAAGGCGCGCGGCUCUCGACUGGAGACGCUGAAGCUGUCGAACCUCGACUGCGCGCUCGACGACGAAACGGUCGAAGUGAUAGUGUCACACUGCCCGAACCUACGACGCCUGAAGCUGACGGACUGCUGGAAACUGACCUACGCCUGUCUCCGCUCGAUAGCACGGCUGGAGAAGCUCGAACACCUCUCACUAAACAUGCGACACCACGACAGCACGAAAACCUUCGACGAGGACCUGGAGUGCAUCAACUCCCUGCUCAAGUCCCGGUGUGACAACCUCCGUACCCUCUCGUUCGAACACGUCAAGCCCCUGGACGGCUCCAGCCUGGCCAUCCUCCACGACCAGGCCAAGCACUUAAACAAGCUACGCAUAUCCCAUAAUGAGAACUGCACCGACAGCUCGUUUGCAAGUCUGUUCUCAGACUGGUCCAACCCUCCCCUUGCUUACGUCGACCUGUCCAGCAACCGCCUCGUAGACCAUUCUCGGCCCGCAAUCCCGGAAGACUCGCCCACCGGCCUGGCCUCAAACGGUUUCAGGGCCCUGAUGGCUCACUCUGGCGAAAAGAUAGAGAGACUGAACGUUUGUUCUUGUCGGGAGGUCAACUACAAGGCGCUGGAGGAGGUGUUUGGCGGGGACAAGAAGUACGCCCGUCUCAAGGAAGUUGACUUGUCCUUCCUAACCAGGGUAGACGACUUUAUCAUGGGCGGGCUGUUCCGGGCGUGUCCAGCCGUGAGCAAGGUCAUCGCCUUUGGAUGCUUCAACGUCGUUGACGUGAAGGCGCCGGCGAAUGUCGCCUUGAUCGGGGGGCUGAACUCUUACCAUGUAGAUACAUAG